CAUACAAUACAAAAAAGUUAGCAUAUAGUGUAUAUAAAUAUGCAGAAAUAUAUCCUCAAUAGUUAAGAUUAUUUAUUUGUGUAUUUUUGUUUAUUUAUGCACAUUUUUAAAAUACAUUUGUUCAUUUAGAUUCUGAAAAUAACAAUUAUUAAACUUGUAAAGGUUCCAAACAACGAUAUUGGUUAUACACGAACUAAGAAUAAAAUUUGAUUUGGUUUUUGCCUCAACCAAACACAAGAAUAAAAACUGGGGAAAAAAAAGAAAAAUGACACGCUAUGAUCAACACUUUCGCCUGAUCAUUAACUAUGACCAAUGUGAUCAGUUACAAUUUGACUGAAUUAUACAAUAAAAACAACAACAACAACAAAAAUGUGCAGAGUCAUUUGUUAAUUAUUAACACGAGAUUACCACCAAGUCAAACAAAGUUGGAAAACCGAGUGCCUUUCAGUCCCAGUUGAGUUCCCACAGCGAUCCACACGUUUGUCGACAUGUCCUCUCUGGCGGUGUCACCGCCCGAACGUCUGCGGACCCCCCUGAUGGUUCCUCAACGCCACAUGUUUGGACCCGGACCCUCCAACGUUCCGCCGCGCAUCUUGAGGGCCGGAGCCAAUCCCGUCAUUGGACACAUGCAUCCGGAGAUUUUGGAGAUAAUGGCUGACAUCCAGGGCGGAAUACAGUACUUGUUCCAGACUCGGAACCCGGUGACUUUGGUGCUAAGUGGCACGGGCCACACCGCCAUGGAGUGUGCCAUAUUCAACGCAGUGGAGGCUGGCGACAGCGUGCUGGUGGCAGUCAAUGGGGUCUGGGGAGAGCGGGCAGCGGACAUAGCAGAGAGGAUAGGUGCUCGGGUUAACACCAUUGUUGGGUCGCUUGGUGGAUUCUUUACCAAUGCAGAAAUCGAGGAGGCGUUAAUCAAACACAGGCCUGUGCUGUUUUUCCUGGCGCACGGAGAAUCAUCCACUGGCGUCCUGCAUCCAUUGGAUGGCAUUGGACAACUGUGUCACAAGUACGACUGUUUGUUCCUGGUGGACUCUGUGGCGUCAAUAGGGGGAGCUCCAGUGUACAUGGACGAACAAGGGAUCGACAUCCUGUACACGGCUUCUCAGAAGGUUCUGAACGUCCCACCGGGUAUAGCACCCAUCUCUUUCAGUGAGCGAGCAUGUCGAAAAAUAUUCAACCGCAGAACAAAGCCGGUGUCGUUCUUCUUGGACCUGAGCUUGCUGUCCAACUACUGGGGAUGUGAUGGCAAAGCCACUCGAAUGUACCACCACACAGGCCCUGUCUCUGCUUUUUACUCCCUCAGGGAGAGCCUGGCCAUCCUUGUGGAGGAGGGUCUGGAAAGUUCUUGGAAGAGGCACACGAACGUGACCGAAUAUUUCCACACCGGUUUAGAGCAUAUGGGACUCAAACUCUUCGUGGAGGAUAAGGCUUUGAGGUUGCCGACGGUGACGACAAUCGUGGCUCCAGAUGGAUACGACUGGAAGGAGAUCACAGCCUACGUCAUGAAGAGGCACAACUUGGAGAUCUCCGGGGGGCUGGGACCCUCCGCCGGCAUGGUACUUCGCGUUGGUCUGAUGGGAUGCAACAGCAGCAUUACAAAUGCUGACCUGGUGCUGGCUGCUCUGAGGGAUGCGUUGACGCACUGUCACAAGAGCAAAGUCUGAUUCUCAACAUUAGCAUCAUAAUAGUUUCACACUGUCACUGACAAGUUGACAUGAUUUGUGACAUAUGAGAUCUUGUUAUAAUAGAAAAAUGAAGAAAAUAAAUGUAAUUAUAAACA